UUUGUAUCAGGGAAUCAAGGAUGCCAACUUUCAAGGCCAACGAUGGAGUUCGUCUCCACUACGAGACGCAUGGUGACAGCAAGAGUAAAGCAUUGAUUUUGCUGCACGGGUUCACGGGCUCAGGUCGGGUGUUCAAACGUAACGUCGAUGGCCUCUCGCAACAAUUUCACGUCGUUGUGCUCGACCUGCGCGGCCACGGCCAGUCUGAGAAGCCUCGAGCUGGAUACCACGUGGCGCGGCUAGCACUCGACCUGAGGAAUUUAGUCGAGCAUCUGCAGCUCCCUGAGGGACAGAUAUCGGCGAUCGGCACGAGCCUGGGAGCCGCCAUUCUGUGGUCGUACUGCGAGCUCUUCACGUCCAAGAGCUUCUCGCACGUGAUCUACGUCGACCAAGCGCCUCUGCAAAACUACCUCUCAGACUGGGGCCCCGAGUACGGAAACCGCGGUCUGAACAACCCGCAAGCCCUCGCAGACGUGCAGCGAACCCUCGAGACGGACCCCAAGACGGCUCACCUGGGCACCAUCGCUGCAUGUCUGGGCUACCGCUCGCACCCUCAGGCCGACGACCCCACGUCUGACUCCCAGACGUGGCAAGACGACGAGGCUUUCUUCCUCGGCGAAGCUCUGGAAGGAGACGGGUGGUGGUACGGCAAGCUGAUGGGCGACCACACGGCGCUGGAUUGGCGGGACGCGGUUGCGCACGCAUUUGGGCCGGGCAGCGGGAGCACCACGAAGACGCUCGUGAUUGCGAGCACGAGGAGCGGGUGUUUCCCUGCUGCUGGGCCGUUGAAGGUUGUUGAGCUGGCGAACGGUGGCACGGAGGGUGGGCUGGCGAGGGGUGUUGCGGUGGAGUGGGGCGGGCACUGGUGUUAUUGGGAGGACCCGGUGCGGUUCAACGACAUGGUGAUAGAGUUUCUGUCAGAAUAAUGAAUCAACAGACUUCACGGUCGUUGUCCAGCAGCCCGUGCAGAGUGUGUC